AUGGCAGAGCAGCGGCGAUCUAGCAUCGAGAAGACGCCCAUUCAUAUUCCAUCCGAUUCAGACGCCUUCCAUCGACUUCCCGAUGAGAUUAUCGAGCAAAUUCUUCUCGCUGCCGAACCCAACGAUUUCGCUUCCUUGAUUCUCCUCAACACAAAAUGGAGAGCAACGUCACAGCGCUCAUACCUGUAUACUCAUCAUUUAGCACAGUGUCCCUCGUAUGCAACCUCGCAUUCCCAAGUCCCUCCCGCUGACGACGAGAACUUGCCGCUACUUCGCCGCCUUUUCGCCCGAGAAGUCAAACGGAACCUGUUCGAAGCUUACUUACGCCCCAAACAGACGCUGGUUAAGCUCGUGUCCAACUCAAUCAGCUCAUCGUCAUGCCCUGGCGGAGAAGGAAUGCAAUUUGGCUCGUCGCCCAAGGGUCGACACGUUUUGGCGUACAACUCGGCGAGGAUAUACGUGAUCGAUGUCGGCAGUCCCACCGUCAGCGUUAAAAGAGAGUUCAAAAUACAACGCCGACCCGCCUCAGCAUGCAUCACCGACGAGGCCGACACUCUGGCUGUGUUGUCCAGCGAGAUGCAAGUCGAUAUUUACGACUUGACCAAGUCACCGCCCGAACGGAAGCACUCACUGAUUUUGGACAACAAGCCACAAACUAUUGCGAUAUCAGCGUGCGGUGCUGUUCUUGCUGCGGCAUACGACGGAGGAAUCGAAGUAUCCUCGCUGAAAUCUUCUGGUCUCUCGACAGAGAAGAGGGCUGUGAAGUGCGACGCUGUGGACGCGUUGGCUUUCUCACUCGACGGGACUCAGAUAUUGGGCACCACAGUACACUCCUCUCCGCCGUGUACCGUCGUUCUGACGGCCCCAUACUAUGAUCCCGGCAGUCAAAUGUUGGAAGAAAACCUGGGUGCCAUGUGGACGACGUCGAUUCUUUUCCCGAACACGAGUCGUGACUGUAGCCAUGCCAUAUGGCUGCCCGAUGGCGAUCAUGGAGAACCCGAGUGGACCUUUACCUAUGAUCGCAGCUUCGAAACUUUUCGUGCCGUCAGGCUUGACGAUCUUCGCAAUGGCACUACAUACUUCACCGGCCCCAUACCAAAUGCCAAGUCACAAACGAAGCUACUGCCAUGUACCCUGCCCGCCACAUCUUCCCAGGGAGAGCUUGUCUCGGCAGGUUUCCAGGGGAAAGAGGUUUGGAUUUAUGGUAUCCCCGAAGACUUGGACGCCAUACCAGAGGCACCACCAGCAAGUCAAGACUCGUCAUCAAAUUCGAAUUUGUCGGGAUUAGGCAGGCACAACAGUACCCAGAGUAGCUUGUCUCGUCGCACUUCGACAAGAGGACAGGAUGGUGCCGAGACUGAGCGUGUCCCUCAAUGGCAAAUUCUUUGUGACAAGCUACGGAACAAUCUCGUUGCUGGUUUCAAGGUUGCCGAGUUUGGUGGCGUUGGGAGUGUCAAGUGGGUUGGAAACUUUGGAGAGCAUUCUCUGCAUGAACGCCUUGUGGUGACUGCUACUGGUGUCAUGGGCCCAAGGCUGGUAACGGAAGAGGAAGAUAUUGACUUUGUUGAUGGCGGCCGUAUCGCUUUGCUGGACUUUGAUUACGGUCUUGCGAAUGGACAAAACACGGAGAUUACCAUCGAAGUGGGAACGGAUAAUGCAGAGCCUUUGGCAGAGCAACGACGAGAUUUGGAGACAGAGGUAGCCAUUGUUCGACGAAGAACCGUUGCGCAAAAGAGAGGAGGCAGUGCUGCCCUUCUCAGGGCGGCAACAACAGCAAAUUCAAGGGACCCUCUCCCUCCUCUCGCCCAGACAGUUGAUGCGGAAAUCGAGAACGACGAUGACGACCCGCUGGCCCCCAGGACAAUAGGACAACACCCCAUCAACCGCCGAACGGCAGCGCCAACCACGCAAGCGGAGGAAGAGUUUGCAUCUAUCGAAGAGCAAGAGGCCCUCGAUGCGCCUUAUGCACACGCUAGUCCACGAUCCGGGACAACUCUUCGUCGCGCGGCCACGGCUGCGGCCGUGAACAGACGACUGAAUCCUCGGACAGCGGACGGCCGUCCAAUUGAGUAUCGUCGGGCAGACGGUCGCGCUGAGCAUCCUCAUGAAAGCGAUGCUGACAACUGGGUGCCUCCUCCCCCUCCGUACCAAAAGGAAGAUCCAGGUGAUAUGCCGGCCUUUAUGCGUGGACAAUCAGUGGCACCCUUGUCGGGUGUAGACUACACCCCUCCUGCCGCAGGCACAUCUACCAACGAAGUUCUAAAUAACUCGUUGAUGUUGGCCCUGGAGCAAUCAGCAAAGCUGGAGCGUAGCGGGACACAGUACAGGCAGGCUCAUCAACACACAAGCAGUGAGGCUGCUGAUGUCAACAGAUUGAGGGUGGUUGAUAUCCCUCGUCCGAGAUCUACGCCAUCUGUUCAAUCGGUUCCAAACGAUGAUAUUUACGACGUUUCGCCGCAAGCUUCUCCUCGCUUGUCAUCAGCACAACUGAGCGAGUCCGCGGUGCCGCAAGACCAAACAGUUUCUUCUACUGCAUCCCGCGGAAACGCCUCAGCAGCGGCAUCAUUCGACACUGCUCCAUCACAGCAAUGGGUCGAGCUUUCUCAGCACUCUUCGGCAGCUGCUCCGUUGAGCCCUGGUUCCAGCACCGGACCUGGGGCUCGGCCUGGAGCACCCAUGCUCGAAUUGCAUAUUCCCUCGUCACCACUGAAUGUGAUUGGUACCACGGAGGCAGAGCCUGCGAUUAGGCGUCUAUCUAAUGUCCAGACGUGGCCCAAACAAUUUCAGCCAGGCACAGCGUCGAGUGCCGGUCCAUCGCAACCGCAAUUUCAUGGCUAUCCUCAUACCGCUCCACCUUUGAACGUCACAUCGAAUGAUUUGGCAGCGGCCACGCUUCCUCCUGCUCCUAGUUCUAAUCAAAUUGCGAGCCUGAACAAGAGAAUAAGUCAGGGCCACCCUCGCCGGCUGUCUGGCAAUGUUCUAAAUCCGCAGCUCUGGAUUGACCGGGGGCGGAGCAUGACUGAGCCGUUUGACUCGCCGCAGGGACAGCUCGCUGGCCAUGGUGAGCAACGAUUCCAAGACGCAGAUUUCGAUCGCCCCCUCAUCAUCAGUACGCCGACGGGAGUGUCUGGAUCUCACGACCCGCCGGAGAGACGAGGGUCCAUGGUGCGGUCGGAGACUCCCAUCCUUGCACCAAUUCCACGACGGCCACGAGCCGCCAACUAUUCGAGAACGGGAGGAACUGCGCAGCAACUAGAAAACAUUUACAACAAUCAGCCUGCCCCAGCGCCAUUGCCUCCUCACAUGCGUUCAAAUGUCAAUGCUCUGCCCAUGUGGAUGAGAACCCCAUCGAAUUCCUCGCGCAGGACGCCUAACGGGGUCAACAGACGGCGAAGCCGUGCGGAGCGAAGUGCAGCAAAGAACAUGAAGGACGCAAAGAAGAGGGGGUGGAUGCCGAAGAAGAAGACGAAGCCGACGGAGACUGCUUCAGACACUGCAGGGUGGGUGGAUGUGCCGACGCCAUCGAAGCCCAAGGAAAGCAAAUGUGUCAUUAUGUGA